AUGAAUCAGUUGUUGUGCAUUGGUGACUCGAGUCAGAACGUCAUGGCCGAGAGCAAGGGAUCCCUUAUAGCCAAAUCCGUGUCCAAGCACGCCGGAAGAGCCAAAGAAAAGUUUCUUCAAAACUUGGGAAAAGUCGAUCGGACUGAAGAUGAAAUUUUUAACGAGCACUUACAAAAUUUUUCAAAACAGCAAAAUUCGGCGAAUAAAUUACAAAAAGAAUUCAACAACUAUAUUCGAUGUGUCAGAGCCGUGCAAGUGGCUAGUAAAAGUCUGAUGGACACGUUGAACGAGAUGUACGAAACCCAAUGGGUUGGACACGAUCACAUGUGUACUGAUUCGAACAAUUUGGACAUGCUGUGGAGCGAUUACACUCACAAAUUAGCCGAUCAAGUGCUAAUACCGUUGAACACGUACCAAGCCCAGUUCGCCGAAACACGGAAAAAAAUUGACAAACGAAACAGAAAACUAGUCGACUACGACAGCCAGAGGCACAGUAACCAAUUGGCCAACAACAACGGCGUCGCGGGUGGAGCCGGCAAGAAAAAAGACGAAGCGAAAAUGAUGAAAGCCAAAGAACAGUUCGAUGAAGUCAAGCGAAAGUUCGACUUAAUCAACACAGAGCUACACGACGAGUUGCCUGCUUUGUACAACUCUAGGGUGCUGUUUUUGAUCACAAACCUGCAACCAUACUUCGCUGCCGAACAAUUAUUUCACAACGAAUCGUCUAAAGUGUUUUCCGAAAUGGAAUCGAUCGUCGACAAAUUGGCCACGGAUUAUCAACACCAAUCCAAGAUGCUGAACUACUUCUACAAAACGCCCUCAAACAACGUCGCCAACAAUAUUCAACCUGCAUCACAGUCUCCAGUGUCUCCGAUAUCCAUGAACGAAGAAGACGUUGCGAAAUCCCCGCCCUCGUCACCCGCAUCCCCUCAAAACACGGCAUUCGUAAGUAGUAACAAACCACCGUCAUCGCAGCCCGACAGCAGCAUCAACGAAGUGUCGUCAGUGGCAUCGAAAACGCCGUUGGAAGACGAAUCAGCGUCGUCGUCUUCAUCGCCACCACCGCCGCAGCAGCAGCAGCCUUUGGUCAACGGCAAGAGCAGCUCAUCGCCGGUAAACGGCGUCGCCCCAGUCAGGCACGAGAACGGUACCAACAAAAACAUCGAAAUCGACAUACCGCCAGGGGCGACUACGGACAACUUGCCUCCGGGAGUGCUGUACAGAGUAGUGGCGACUUACAAGUACGACGCCGAAGACACGGACGAGCUGUCGUUUGAAAAGGGUGAAAUCAUCAGCGUAGUACCCUACGACGAUCCAGAAACUCAGGAGGAGGGCUGGUUGAUUGGUGUUAAAGACAACACAGGAGAGAAGAAAAUGUUCCCCGCCAAUUUCACCAGACCUUUGUGA